GAAUAAUGAAGAUGAAAAUAGACGAUGGAGGAGUUAAACCAGGGUACGCAAUCCGUAGGCCUUACAUUUCGGAAAGAAAGUCAACAAACACAGCCUAUUUGCGUGCAUUUUUACCAACCAUGGUACAUUGUAUAGGAUCCCAGUCUUCCAGGCUAUCAGAGGGAGGGCAGGGCGUAGUCGUUGUUGUGGUGCAGCUAAAUCGACCUAGUGGCAUUGUACAUGCCCAUUACGCUACGCCAUUAGCCCCAAAAACAAAUGAGAACAGUCUAAACAAUCUAUGGGACCCAGCACAAUAUACAAUGUUUUACAGGGUGAGCUCGCAAUCGCGUUGAUAAUGGGUAUGUGAAGAAAAGGGUCCUGCCACGUCAAUUGGGUAGGUGGGAGACAUGGCUAGACAUCGCUGACGCCACAUCACAGUCCGGUAGUUGGGUUUGCUCAGGCGGAUGGAUUGAGGGCUUAUGGAGGGCACAGUACAAGUACAAUUUGGCAGGGUUGACUUAGGCAGCUGCUCGGCGGCAGAGGACCCAGAACAGGGUGCAGAGUAAUGGCAACACUAAAAGUUAGGAUCGAUCCCCAAGGUGGGAGGUCAUGUGCAGGACCAGACGAUUAUUGUGGGGUCGCUGAUAUUCCGACGGCCCGGAUCCUGGUGGGUGUGCGCGAGGAAGUGGGGGGACCGUCCGUCCUCUCUCUUUUAUCUUGUGUGUCUGCCAUAUAAGGAUUUAUGUUUGGUGGGGAUGGCAGACUUGGGAGUGAGGAAGGAGGUGGGUGAUUGUGGAUUAUGAUGUUUUGGGCCUUGAGGUCAACACAAUCUCUUUAAAUAACUUGAAUGGUGGUCUCUGACCAUUGAUUAUAUUAGUGCUCUUCCUAAUCAGUGCGCUUAUAUAUUAAAACCUAUAUUUUAAUCCUGCACUACCAUCAUUAGUUCAAUCCUACAAAGACCUUGUCAGAGCAUUAGGAUUGGGUAUUACAUCUGGAAUGCAGUAGGGGAAUAAUAUGCUGUAAGAUUGAAAUUGGUGUGAGCUGUUGUGGUGCGCGGUUAUGGUCUCCCGGCUUAUAAUUGGAUGUGAUUGAUUUUGGGAAAGUUGAGGCAAUGAUAGCAGCAGAUGCUUUUGCACGUUGAAACUUUUGGAAGUGAGUUGGGAAUCAGGGCCAUAAGCCCAGAUUCUGCUUCAUCAUCAUCAUUAUCCUGCAAGCCCACAGAAAUAAAUGCUCCCUCUCUUCCACGGAUCCUUUGUGCUUGCACAGUUAAUGUUGGGGAGCUCUGACGAAUUCAGGGAGUGGGUAUAUACUGGUAUGCCAUAUUUUUGCUCUAUCUUCGUUCAAUUAUUACUCAAUUCCGAUUGCAUGCUUGUUAAAGUCAUUGUAAGGAUGGUUGCCCAUUUGGAAGCUCAUCAAAACGUUGUGUAGAGAUGUCUGUAAGUCUUGUUACAGUCUGCAAUUCAUCUGUGUAACUUUUAGCAUAAAUAAUGUUGCUACCUGUGUCCCCCAAUUGGAAACUUAAAUCUUCCAAUCCUAGGGCGCUUCUUUGGCUUGUAUGGUGGUGCGCUUUGUUGUCACUUUCCUAUCAACAAGAGGGCAAUAUCAAGAGUGGCUUGCAAAGCGACAUGGAAGCCUUGAUGAACUUAAGCAACCACAUAGUGGUGUCAUCUAAAUUGAAUUGGAACCCAAACAUUAAUUGCUGUGUUUGGGAGGGUGUGGGGUGUAAAGAUGACAGAGUGACAAGAUUAUGGUUACCAGGGAGAGGACUCAAGGGGUCCCUCACAAGCUCAUUGGGUUCUCUGGACCAGCUCAAGGAGCUUAAUUUUUCAUCUAAUAUGUUGGACGGUGUUAUUCCGGAUGAGCUAUUCUCUCUGCAAACUCUUCAAGUGCUGGAUCUGAGCUUCAACAAUCUUUCAGGCCCAUUACCAGCUCCAAAAGGGCUAGGUUUAAUCCAAUCUUUCAAUGUUUCUAGCAAUUUCUUUGCAAACAAGCUUCCCCAAUUUGGCCCUGCUCCAUAUCUGAUUGCCUUCAAUGUCAGUAAUAAUUCUUUUAGCGGCCCCAUUCCAAUUGAAAUCUGCAAUUAUUCAAAUUCAAUCAGGAUCCUUGAUUUCUCGCUUAAUGGGUUUGAGGGACACCUUGAUAAGGGGCUUGGUGAGUGUACAGCAAUUGAGGAAUUGUAUUUGGGUUUCAAUAGCCUCUUUGGAUUUCUUCCAGAUGAUUUGUAUACCAUGAUAUCUCUGCGAAAGCUUUCUGCGCCCUCCAACAGGUUUGCGGGAAGCUUGAUUAGUGAUAUUGAGUACCUAACAAAUCUUACUGUUUUGUCCCUUUAUUGCAACAACUUCACAGGAAACCUUCCAAAGGAGCUUGGGAGGCUUGAGAAUCUGGAGCAGCUUAUCCUCUACAGUAACCAUCUUGGCGGUUUGCUGCCAUUUUCUUUAUCUAGCUGUAAGAAAUUGCAAGUCCUGAACCUGAGAAACAAUUCUUUGCAGGGAGAUAUCACUCUAAAUUUUACUAGCUUCCCUGAAUUGAUUUCUCUGGAUUUGUCUAGCAACCAGUUUUCCGGUCAAGUUCCACCUACCUUAUCAAGCUGCACAAAGAUGAAGUCGUUAAGCCUGGCUAAAAACCAGCUCCAAGGUCAAAUCCCUAAUAGCAUGGCAUCUCUUGUAUCUCUCCACAUUUUUUCUAUCUCAAACAAUACCUUGACAAAUAUCACAAGAGCCCUACAAGUCUUUCAGGACUUGAAGAACCUCAGCACUUUGAUUCUGACUAAAAACUUCCUUGGAGAGUCCAUUCCACAAGAUGUGAAAGGUUUCAAACAGCUUCAGAUUCUUGCACUCGGAAAUUGUGCACUUUCGGGACAGAUUCCCACUUGGUUGCAGAAUUGUUCAAAUUUACAGGUGUUAGACCUCUCGUGGAAUAGACUGAAUGGAAACAUUCCUCCGUGGAUUGGCAAUUUUCAGUAUCUCUUUUACCUGGACAUUGCAAACAAUUCCCUGUCCGGAGUGAUUCCUAAAGAAUUUACAAAUUUGCGUAGUCUCAUAUCUCCGCAAAAUACCACUCAUCUUGACGAGUCUUCCUUUGAUUUCCCGCUCUUUGUUAAGCAUUAUCAAAAUGCAUCAGGACUGCAGUACAAUUACUUGUCCAACUUUCCACCCUCCUUGUACUUAAGCAACAACAAGUUGAGUGGAACAAUAUGGCCAGACUUUGGGAACUUAAAACUGCUCCACAUUUUCGAACUGAGGAGUAACAAUUUGACAGGGACCAUUCCAGAUCAGCUCUCGAGUAUGACAAACCUUGAAGCCUUAGACCUGUCAGAAAAUAGUCUGACUGGAAGAAUACCCACAAGUCUUCAGGAACUCACAUUUUUGGCAAGAUUCAAUGUGGCCAACAAUCAUUUGGAAGGCGUCAUUCCUUCAGGACGGCAGUUCACUACUUUUCCGAAAUCUAGUUUUGAAGGCAACCUUGGUCUCUGCGGUCUGCCCUUGACUCCCUGUGGAAGUACUGCUGGGAAACCAGUUAAUGGAGAAGCGCCUUUAAACAGAGGCAAGAGAUUGAGCAGAAGCACUAUCUUGGGCAUAGCUGUAAGUGUUGGAGUUGGUAUUGCUAUUCUACUGACUGCAUUGCUAUGGGGUCUAUCAAGAAGAGAGAUUGAAACCCAGACAGAGGAAGGUGAAAGAGAUUGUGACAUAUCUCAAAGGAUGUCUGAUGUUUUAGCAUCUUCCCUGGUGAUUAUGUUUCACAAUCAAGACAUCACCACCAGCCUCACUGUUGCUGAUCUCCUGAAAGCUACAAACAAUUUUGAUCAGGCCAACAUCAUUGGAUGUGGAGGGUUUGGUUUAGUAUAUAAAGCCACCCUUGCAGAUGGCACCAAAGUAGCAAUCAAGAGACUGUCAGGAGAUUGUGGUCAGAUGGAGCGUGAAUUCAAGGCAGAAGUAGAAGCCUUGUCAAGAGCCCAACAUAAGAAUCUUGUAUCUUUGCAAGGAUAUUGCAGAUAUGGGAACUACAGGUUGCUUAUAUACUCCUACAUGGAAAAUGGGAGUUUGGAUUAUUGGCUGCAUGAAAAGCAAGAUGGAGGCUCAGUUCUGGAUUGGCCUACUCGACUCAAGAUAGCUCAAGGAGCAAGCAGGGGAUUAGCCUACAUGCAUAGAAUUUGUGAACCACACAUUGUACAUAGAGAUAUUAAAUCCAGUAACAUUCUCUUAGAUGCUCAAUUUGAAGCUUAUGUUGCAGACUUCGGUCUCUCAAGGUUGAUUUUGCCCUAUGACACACAUGUGACUACAGAGUUAGUGGGCACUUUGGGAUAUAUUCCCCCCGAGUAUGGACAAGCAUGGGUAGCUACUCUCAGGGGCGAUAUGUAUAGUUUUGGAGUUGUUAUUUUGGAACUGCUCACUAAAAGGAGGCCAGUGGAAGUGUGCAAAGCUAAGAAAAGCACAGACUUAGUGGCAUGGGUGCAGGAAAUGAGGUCUGAAGGGAAGCAAGAGGAGGUCUUUGAUCCUCUACUCCGAGACAAGGGCUUUGAGGAUCAAAUGUUGCAGGUACUUGAUGUUGCUUGCAUGUGUACAAAUCAAAACCCAUUUAAACGACCAACCAUUCAAGAAGUAGUUUCAUGGCUUGAAAAUGUUGGACUGGAUGCCCAACAGGUCAAGUAAUUCUAACUUCUGUCCUCUUGCAUAUUUUUACAAAUGUUUACAGUCCUUGAAAAGCUUGAUUUCCUUCAAGCAUGUCUUCUUCCCAAUCUACUUGUGCAUGACAAGGAGAUUGUUACUCCUAUGAAAUAUACAGAGUUUUAAAAAGAUUUUGUUCUUAUUACAGACACAUACUUCAUAAUUUAGGUCAGAGUUUCAUUAUAUUCCCUCUCACAAGGAAGGAAGAACAACUUCAAACCUGCCCAACUUCUGAAAGGUGGAAAUCCAUGAAAAGCCAAAACAUGACUCCAGUGAUAGAGAUGGUCAUUUUUUGGGGUGCUAUUGCAAGGUUCUGUCUGUUUCUUUCUCAAAGGAAUUGACCUGAAAUAUAUCCUUACCAUUAAUUGUGCAAGUACAAAACUAAGAGGGGAGUGGUCUUCAUUUACAAACAUGGGGCUACCCUGAGUCAAGUAAUUGACAUGAAACUUAACCCAUUGUAUCCUAUUUUUACAGGCCCAAAUGUCAAAUAAAUUUAAACUAGCUUGAAAUUUAUACAUUUAAAUACUUAAUUUAAUUGUGGGAACCUUUAGGCCUUUCUGGGCUAUAAGCCUGAAUUUGUAGCCGCUCUUUCUCAAUUUUACUUAAUUAUGGGACCGUUUAGGCCUCAUUGACCUAUAGACCUGAAUUUCUAGUUACAGUAAAUACAGCAUUAUUGCUCUACAUGUAACCCAAGAAGUAAAUAACUAAUUUUCUCUUUCUUCUA